UUUCACUGUACCUGUCAAUCAUUAUUCUUGAUACUGACCUGCCCUUUUUCUACCCCCUUGGUACAUUCUUUAAUCCUCCCUUUUCUCGAUUUCCCCGACUGAACAGCCACUCUCCUUCAACCAGGCCUAUAUCCCUUACCAAUCGAAUCUCCCGUCGAAUCUCCCGUCAAAAUGAAGUCCUUCAUUGUCGUUGCCCUUGUGGCCCUCGCCCAAUUCGCUGUGGCAACACCCCCGGCCUGCAUUCUUGCCGCCGCAAACACCCAGGACAACCCGGCCGACGUGGAAGGCAUCUGCAAGAAUAAAGCGAGCGAAAUUCAGGGAAACCUCGCGAGCAUUUGCGGAGGCCAGAACGACAACGCCCAGAGUGCCUUUGCGGCGAUCUGCAAGUCCGCGGGAGUUACAGUUUCGCCCUACGUCGCCUCUAGCAGUGGAACUUCCAACGGACCAUCCAGCGGACCAACCUCUACUGGCUCCCCAACCGGGUCGGAAUCUGCUAAUACUGGUGGCACUCCUACAGGUUCGGCAAACCCAUCCGACUCGACAGGUGCGGCGUCUCGGAGGGAGUUCGGAUCGUUCGCUGCGGUUGCGAUCGCCGCGGCCGGCUUGAUUAUUGCUGUUUAGAGCGGGAAUUGGACACUUCCAACGGGAUACCCAGUGGAGCAUACAUUAGAUUGCCAACUUCAAGAGGAGUCUGGCCGGGCGUCUUCGCAUCAUUCCACAGUGAGCAUUCUUGCUACACCUCAAGUGUUGGAUAAUUUGAUCGGUUAUAUGGAAAUCGGACUUUAAAAGGCAUCCUCAACUAAACUGUGUUCAACCAUAUUAGAGCAUAAUCAAUCAUCUGGAUUCUGG